AUGGGAACUUAUAAAUAUCUCAUUAUUUAUUUUUGUAUUUUCUCGAUCUUUUUCUCGAUUUUGGAAGCAAUUGUUAAUCCGGUAAAUUUCUAGGCGUCUUACUCAAAAUAUCACUGAUUUUUAUUUUUUUCAGUUUAUUUUAUCAGUUGGAAGUGUUUUUGUUGUUGUAAUGAAUCUGUCAAAAACAAUAAUAACGAAUAGAUCAAUUUGUCAAGUUCUUGUAAAUAUGAUUUGUGGAUGUUUUGGAGUUGUCAUAAGUUUAAUCGCAGUUCAUUUCAUAUUUCGAUAUUUUGCAAUUCAAAGAGAAGGAAAGUUGAAAUAUUUCCGUGGAAAAUAUAUGGUAAUCUGGUUUUUUAUUCCAAUUAUGUGUGGUAUUUUUUGGACAUCAACAACUUAUUAUUUUCUGAAACCAAAUGAUCGAGUUACUCUGAUUCUCAAAGAUCAUUUGAAAUUGGUUUAUGACGUGGAUACUGAAAAUAUUGUUUACACUGGAAGCGAUUAUUUUAUCGAUGAUUUAAAAUAUCAAUUUAAUUUUGAGAUAAUUCCAGGAAUGAUUAUUAUGGCAACUAUUAUUGUUUGUAUUUUUCAGCACUUUUUCACAUACAAUUUAAUAAAUUGAAUUUUCAGAUAAUAUCUUUGUCAAUUGUCGCACUUUUCUGGAUAAAAAUAUAUAAAGCAAUCAAAAAACUUGAUCAACAAGGUCAAUCUGAUUUCACAAGAAAACUUCAGAAACAAUUAUUUUAUGCUUUAGUUAUCCAAUCUUGUAUUCCAUUAUUUUUCAUGUAUCUCCCAGUCUCGCUUUUCCUAUUUUUACCAGUGUUCAAUAUUCAAAUUGAUAAAAUGGGACAUAUUGUAACAUUACUUUAUGCAAUUUAUCCAUCAAUUGAUCCACUUCCGGUUAUUUUAAUUAUUGAUUGUUAUCGAUUAUCACUUUUCAGUUGGUUUUGAUUUUUUGUGGAUUGAAAAAAUGUUUAAUUUCAGAUUUAUUUCGAAAAAACAAUCGAGUUGGAGAACUUAACGAUAUUCCAUCGGGAAGGGAUAAUACAUUCUGA